AUGGACGACGGAACUCGCCUCCAUCAACUAGAUGAAUCUGUUAAGCUUUUGACUCAGUCGAUGGCAGCGAGUGGCAAACGUCUGGAUUCCCUUGAAGCAACCAUGUCAGCAACCAUGUCCAACCAGCAGCGGUCCCUUUCAGAGCUCAUUCGUCGCCUCACGGCCAUGGAUGGCCGGUUGGAGCAAGCCCUGGGGUUAACGGUACCUCAACCUGAUCAGCGCCCAAGUAACUUCAAUACAUUGUCACCGCCUCUACCCAUUCCGGCCAACCCCAUCCAGAUCCGCACCAUGCCGCUUGAUUUUCCCCGUUUUAAUGGUACAGAUCCGAUCGGAUGGAUCUUCAAGGCCGAACACUUCUUCGAUUACCAUGGUGCCGCCGACGAUCAACGCCUUCUGAUUUCUUCUCUCCAUAUGGAUGGCCCUGCCCUCUGGUGGUUUCAAGGGGUGCUUCGUGUCACUCAAUUCACUACCUGGCCGGAUUUCACUCAAGCUUUGGAGAGUCGCUUUGGGAUUUCCAAGUUCAAGGAUCCUCAGGACACUCUUCCCAAACCCACACAGUCGGCCUUACUCGCAGACCAACAAUCUCGAAUUGAAGCUUCAGAAAACUUGUCUCCACCAAUUUUAAUUAGUCAUUUCAUUUCUAGACCUCGAUCCGACAUCCUUAGUGAGGUAUUGGCUCUCCAAUCAAGUUCUAUGUCUCAAGCAGUUGGCCUCGUCCAUCACCAGGAAGAGAAAUUCCUUGAGGUCAGUCGCCCUGCGCUCCGAACCGGCAUACCCACUGUACCUCAAGCACCAUUUCUCCUUUCACUAGCACUUCCACCAUCCACAGACACCCAAUCUUAUCCUCGGAUCCCGAAAUCCCUCGAAGUCGGUCGCCCUGUGCUCCAAACCAGCAUACACACCAUACCUCGACCACCACUUCCCCCUUUUAAUUCAUGGAUCACGAUCCAAUAUCCGACUUCAAUAGAGAUGCAUCCCUAUCGAGAGAAAGGCCUAUGCUACAAUGAUGGUGAAAAAUUCGCCGCUGGCCACAAAUGUAAGCCUCGCCAACUGUUUUUGCUUGUAUACGAGGAUGAUGCCCUAACUACAAAUUUGUUGGGUGAAGACUCCUCCCCUGGCCACAGAUGUAAAUCUCGCCAGCUAUUUUUGCUUCUGUAUGAGGGUGAUUCCCCAACUAUGGAUCUAUUGGAUGAAGAUUCAUCAACAUAUGUCGAACCUUUCAUUUCGGUCGUCUUGAUUUUGUAUCAUGCCAUGUCUGGCCACUCUUCCCCUUCGACCUUGUUGUUGUCACAGACUAUCGCUGGAACUCCGAUGCAAGUUCAGAUCAAUGGUGGCAGCGUUGACUUUGUCCAAGGCCGGACCACCCAAUGCCUUGGUCUUGUUAUUGAACCCGCUCCCAAUAUCAACGUUUUGGUUGGCAAUAGUGAUUGCAACAGCAAAGGGAUUGAGAGAAACCUCCCAGAAAUUUUAAGAAAUGAUCUUCAAGUGCCUCGUCAAAGAAGGGAUGUAAGCCAGCUAACAACUCAUGAAAAUGGUUUUUGUGUUGGAUUCAAGGGAUCCUAUGUUGGGAGAAAAGCUGAGAAAUAUUUUAUCAAUAAUCAAUCAGGCUUCAGAGUCAUGUAUCACAAGAACCUUGAGACUGCUUCUGCUUGCAUGGUUGGCUUUGAGGUUGCUCCAAUUAGCAUCACUCAUUUGGUAAGAGACACCAAAAAUAUAAUUAAAGGUAAGAAGAUGGUAUUUACACAUGAUGUUUCUUUCAAGCUUAGUGAAUUCAAGUGGGCAACUCAUUGGGACACCUAUCUCCUUAUGAAUGAUGAUCAAAUCCAUUGGUUCUCCAUUAUCAAUUUUCUGAUGAUUUUCCUGUUCUUUUAUGAUAUAAGAACUCUUUGUAGAGAUAUCGCCAACUAUAAUCAGUCGGAGACCAAGGAUGAAGCCCAAGAGGAAACGGCAGGGUGGGAGCUUGUCCAUGGAAAUGUUUUCAGGCCCCCUGUCAAUUCUGGUUUACUUUGUUUCUAUGUUGGAACAUGGGUCCAGAUUUUUGGAAUGACACUUGUUCCAAUAAGUUUUGCAUUACUGGGUUUCCUAUCACCUUUAAACCGAAGGCGGCUUAAGACUACCAUGGUUCUCUUGUGGGUUUUUAUGGGUUUAAUUGCAGGUUAUUCAGCUCAUUGGUACAAGAUGUUCAAGGGAGCAAAAUGGAAGAGAAAUACUUUGAAAGCUACAUUCAUUUUUCAUGGUAUACUCUUUGCAAUCUUGUUUGCGUUGAAUGCACUCAUAUGGGGAGAGCAGUUUUUUGGUGCGUUGCCCUUUGGUACCAUGUUUGCUCUUGCAUUCUUAUGGUUGGGUAUAUCAGUACCAUUGGUUUUUAUGGGUAACUAUUUGGGUUUCAAAAGCCCAGCUAUUAAGGACCCAACGGAGAUAAAUAAGAUCCCAAUAGAGAUAACAAAGAAGGCCUGGUACAUGAAACCAGCCUUUUCUAUUCUUAUUGGAGGCAUACUUCCCUUUGGAGCUGUGUUUGUUGAACUCUGUUUCAUCUUGACAUCAAUAUGGUUGAACCAGUUCUACUACAUCUUCAGUCCCUUGCAAGCCUCAGACAAUGUGGGCAAGGUCGCAUGUAAACUAGACUUAUCGGCCAUGGCAAAAAGUUGCCUCAAGCAACGGGAUUGCGAGGUAAGACAUGUUCUAGUCCACUGGGGUGGUUUACCUUGGAAGAGGCUUAAUGGGAAGACAUUACGUUCUUCAUCGUCGCCCCACUCGAACCUUGAGGACAAGGUUCUUUUGGAAGAAGAUGGCAAUGUUACGACUCAGCAUGACAUGGAGGAGUUGAUAAGUAACACUUUUGCCACGACAGCGCCCCACUUGGCAAGGAGAAACAUGCAAACCUCAUGAAGAGCAUCUUAGGGAAUAUUCCAUUUUUCUGUUGAAGGGUAGACCAUUGUUAGGAUAUUAUAUAUACAGUAAGACAUGAUGUAAGGGGGAAAUGAAUAUACAAAAAUCCUCUCUCUUCUCUGUUCUUCUAGGAGGUAGCUACCCUCGAAGUAGCUUGUGAUCCGUUAUCCCGCCGUCCACGGAGACGAUCGUAUCAUCUAACCUAGUGCAUCA